AUGGCUGGUGACGCUGUGGUGCCUCUCGUAGGGAAGAAGAUGAUGCGCAAAUUGGGCGGCAUGGCGAAUGAAAGUGCGGCAGCUGAAGUGUCGGACUUUGCGCGUCGUCAGAUGAAGCUGAUGGGCUGGUCAGAAGGUAAAGGAUUGGGCAAGAACGAGCAGGGUAUCAAGUCGCACGUGAAGGUAAAGCGACGCGAGGAGCUACAGGGCGUUGGAGCGGAGAAAGAAGCAGUCAAAGAGCAACAGAAUCAAUGGUGGUACAAUGUGUAUGAUCGCAUGGCUAGCAAGAUUGUGGUGGACGCAUUGUCCGAAGAAGAGGGAGAAGCGAAAAAGAAGAAGAAGAAGAAGAAAGUAAAAGAAAAGAGAAAACGAGACGAAGAGAAUGGACGAAAAUGGAGAAUUCCUACCGAUGAAGAGCUUUUUGCUGCAACUGGUGGAAAACUCUUUGGUCGUAGAGCUUAUGGAUCUUGCAAUGGCAAACUUAGACGUGACGAGUUGCAAUUGAAGAAAGCAAAGACGCACGAGUGCGAAGAGCUGGAGACGGCGAAAUGUUGUAAUGAUACUGUGAAGAGGAAGAGAGAGAGAAAUGGGGUUAUGAAGGAAGCUCGGAAAUCAAAGAAGAUCAAGAAGGAGAAGAAGAAAGCUGUAAGCGUAUGUCUACCCUGCUAA